GGUGCACUUUGUGAGCGGACCAAUUCUGAAUCGACAAAAUCUGGCCCAGGGUGUGUGUGUCUGUCUUUGCCUCGCUUCCCUUCGACAAUCCGCACUUGGCUCUCCUGCCACUUCCUACCGACAACAUCGGCUCGAUCUCAUCUUCCCGGAUCGCAUCUCGAUUCGAUUCGACUCUCCCCCAACCCCCGACCGCUUUUUGACCAACGACCUGACUAUCGUCGACUCGACCCCCCAUUUUGCCCCGACGUCUUGUCCCUCGCACAGUCAAAACCACUCUUUCUCAGUGAUUUGAACCGGGCUGCCGCUGGUGACGCGACCCGUCGCCAAAUCUCUUCCAACCACCACACCACAUUCACACUCUCAGCAAUGUCUGAGGUACAGAGCAGGCCAUCUGCCCCGCGCGGCAGGGGCUCCGCCCGCGGCGGUCGCGGCGGCUUCUCAACUCGGGGAGGAGGUCGCACCGCUGCCCGUUCUGCUGGUACUAAUGGCACCACGCAACACGACACAGAAUCUUCUUCGCCAGCCCUGGAGGACGAGGGCGAGAUUAGCGAACUCCGCAAGCUCUACGGCCAGCACAUUGUCAACAUCAAGAACAUCGUGUCCGACUGGACCGAUGCUGAUAUCCUCUACGCUCUCCGCGAGACGGACGGCGACCCGGAUGAGGCUGCCUUCAAGAUUCUGGACGGCACUUUCUCCAAGUGGAACGAGGUCUCGAAGCCCGUGAAGACCAAGGCUAAGAAUGACACAUUCACCACAACGACUGCCGAUUCUGGCGCUGCCGGCGGCCUACGGAACGCAAGAGGUGGCCGUGUCGAAGGUGGCCGUGGUCGUGGCAGAGUGACCGAGCGCGGCGGUCGUGGAGGCGGUCGCGGAAAAUCGAUCCAAGCUUCGACCAACGGUCCCCGUGUCAAGGAGAACCAGCCUCUCUCUGUCCCAACUGAGGAAUCUAACGAAUGGGAUACCUCUGCCCCGACUGCCGAAUCUAAUGAAUGGACCGAGUCCACCCCCGCCGAAUCUGCUCCUGCUCCCGCCGCCGUUGAACCUACCCCUGCCGCUGCCCCCGCAAAGCCCUCUACCGAUGCCCCAAAGACAUGGGCCAGCAUGUUGAGACAGUCGACCACUCCUAAGCCUGCCCCUAAGCCCAAGGAAGUACCUGCUCCCCCUCCCGCCGAACCUACCCCCGUCAUUGAGCCACUUCCCCCCGCUCCCGCCGAGCCCGAGGUCGUACCCGAGCCCGAGAUUGCUGCGCCAGUCGAAGAGAAGGAAGAGCCAGUUCCCGAACCUGUCCAGGAGGAGCAGCCCGCUGUUGUUGUUCCUGUCAUUGAGCCAGUCAUUCCUGUUGUUCCCGUCGUACCCGCUGUUGCCAUUCCCGAAGUUGCCUUGUCACCUUCCAAGGACGCGCUUACGGAUGAGAACCUCGACAAGGUCCCUGGCACAACCGAGCCCCCAGCGACCGAGACCGCGAGAAGUGAAGCUGCCGACUCUUGGGAUCCCAGAGCCGCUGGCAGCGCUACAGCAACUCCCUUGUCUGCUUCCCAGCAACAGCACCAGGCCGAGCGCACUCCCAGCAGUGGCUUCGCCGCGACUGCGACCAAGGCGACAACUCGCACCCCAGCUUUCCCCCGUCGUGUUCUGGAUCAGCUCGAGGCCGUUCGCAUGCCCGGCAACCGUGCUGAGGUCGAACGUACUACUGUCCAGUUUGGUGCUUUCAGCCUGAAUGGUGGCAUUGAGGACGACAUUGAUGGCGAUCGUGAAGAGCCCGAGACCCGUCCCCAGCCCCCCCAGGAUUCUCCUGUUGCCCAACCCAGAGCUUCGCUUCCCCCUGUUCAAGCCCCCGCGGCUCCAGAGAGCUUCCCUACCCCUACCCAGAAGCCUGUUUCCCAGGUUCCAACAGGUCCUGCUGGUAUGGCUUCUCAGACUUCCCCUGCUGUCUUGUCUUGGUUACUUGCUGACACAAAUCUAGCCGCUGCUCCUGCCGCGGUCCCUGCCAUCACCCCAGUUGCCGCCCCAGCUCCCCAGCCGGCUGCGCAACACAACCAGCAGCAGUAUGGUCGCUUUGGCCAGCAGACUGCCGCUCAAGAGCACAGCUCCUUCCCUCCCUCGAAGCCUUUCGAUUCGUUCGGUCAGCAGCAGCCCGCCGCUGCCUCCACUCAAUCGCAGUUCGAGGGCGGCUUCCAAGGGCAGACGCAGCCUGCUGCCCCAACCCAGAACCAGCAGCAAGCGUUUAGCUCUGCUCCCAAUGAUUAUCCUUCUUACUACACAUCUGGCGACCAAAGAGGUUUCUAUGGUGGCUAUAACUACAACCAACAGCAGGGCUCUCAGGACGGCCCCUCUUCGCAAGCCCAGCGUUUCGGUGGAUAUGGCACCACCCAGACUGAUAACAUCAGCCAGUACCCCCAGAGCGGUGCCCAACACGGCCAAUCCCGCUUCGGUUCUGGCUCCGCUCCCUCUGCGGAAACACCAACCACUACGGCUCCUGCUACGUCGGCGUCGUCGGCUCUUCCCCAGGCCGGCCAGACUAGCCAGACUCAACAUGGUCAGCAGCCUCAGCCCGAUCAAUAUCCCUACCACCCUUACUCCAACAGCCCUUACUAUGGUGGGUACAUGGGCGGAUAUGGACAGUACGGUCAGGGCGGCUAUGCUCCCUACGGCAAGGGCAAUGUGGGAUAUCAGCCCAACCAAUACGGUGUUGCGUCGCAGGGACCUUAUGGCUACUCCAACCCUAGCGCUGGCUUUGGCCAGUCUGCUCUUCACCGGGAGACCGGUGGCGCUGCUGCGGGCGCUGGUGCUGGUCUUGGCGAUUACGGUCGUGCGGGAUCUCAGUCGGCUCAGCAGCAAUCCGGAUUUGGUGGCAUGCAUGAUGCCUUCAGCCGCGGUGCUUCUGGCUACCAGUCCCAGGCUGCGUCGUUCAACGCUCCCGGCACUCAGCCCGGCGCUGUCCCCUCUGCUGUCGACGACAUUAAGUCCUUCGGAGAUGCCAAGGGCGCUGCCGGACCCAGCCCCUCUCUCGGCGUCGCUGCCCGACCCGGCUCCGCGGCGAACAACGGCCCAUCUCAGUCUGGGCUUCCUCCCCCGCAAUCUGCCCAGCAGACCAACCUGGGCGGUAUGGGUCAAUACGGCUAUCCCGGUCACAUGCAGCAGGGCCAUGCUGGCCUCCACGGCAGCCACACGGCCGCUGGUGGCUACGGCAUGAGCGCGACUGGCGGACAGAGCCAGCAGAGCUCGUACGGCUAUGGUAACCAGGGCUUCGGCGGCGGUUACUACGGCGGAAACUCUCAGCCCCGUGGUUGGGGUAACAACUACCACCACUAAAUUGGAGGGUAGAGGGAGAAGCGUUAUCUGAGUUAGCAGAGGAUGAGAUGAUGACCCUUUUUUCAUGGUGUCCCAUGUGUUAUUACUGUCUUUGUUGCUGUCGUCGGGGCGUUUGAGAUAUUCAACGGGAACCGGGUGGGGGGGUUGGCAACGCAAAAAAAAGAGGGAAUAUUGAUGUUUUUAUGCCGGGGCUCCCAGGGGGGAGGGGGUUAAACUGCGGAAAUAUUCAUGGCCUUUUGUGUUUUUUUUUUCUCUGCAUUCUUUCCGCUGAAGGGAAAGAGGGGGGGAGCACUCGAAGCAAAAAGCACACAUCCACAUUUUUCUCUAAAAAAAAGUCUCGUAGGCGAAAUUGACGAUGAGUUUGCCUUUUUAUGUAUCUCAUGUCGAGGGCCUUGCGGUAUUCUUUUUUUUUUCUUUGCCAAUGUUUUCUUACCUCUGAUUAUCGUUGUUGUUGUUGUUGUUGUUAUUGUUAUUGGUGUUGUAGUAGUGGUGGUGGUAUGGGAUUUUCUCUCUUACUCUUCUCUUCAUAUGACAUGAGAUGAAAUGACAAGAAAACCAAAGGGCAUGAGAC